AUGUCGCACAAGUCUUUCGUUCUCAUUGCUACACUGGUCGUCAACGUGCUAAUUGAUAGAGGCAACGCCUGGACAGCGCGUGGCUGUGUCGACCUGGACUCGUCCACGUUCGAUAAGGUAACGAAUAAGUUUCGUUAUAGCCUGGUAAAGUUCGAUACAGCCUUCCCGUACGGUGAUAAGCAUGAAGCGUUUACGAACCUUGCACUUGCAACCGUCGAAGUCACGGACGACCUUUUAUUUGCGCUAGUUGGCAUAAAGGAUUACGGUGAGAAGGAUAAUGCUGAUCUGGGCAAACGUUUCAACAUCCCUAAGGAGUAUCCGGUGAUAAAGCUAUUUAUGGGCUACGGUAGAGAACCGAUCGAUUUCCCACCAGGCGAGGAAGUGACCAGCGAAAAUUUACGCAAGUUUCUAAAGCGCAACACUGACCUCUACAUUGGAUUGCCGGGAUGCGUUCAAACGCUGGAUGAGCUGGCACUAAAGUUCAUGAGUACGGAUGAUGCGACGGAACGGCAAGCUAUUGUGGCAGAGGUGGAACGUGCCGAGCAAGGAACGGAUGCACUAGACCCCACGAAAAAGUCUUUCCCGAUGUAUCUAUCUCUAAUGAGAAAGAUUGUAAAAUCGACCCAUCCACCGGUGGAUGUUUUAAGCGAGGAGAUGCGACGAGUCGAGAAGUUACUGACGGAGAAGUUGAGCGAAGCGAAGAAGGCUGAGCUAAAGUUGCGCAUCAACAUUAUGCUUUCGUUUAGUGUGUCAAACAGGGCGCUGAAAUAUGAGCGAACGGAACUGUAG